UUUUCGGCAGCGUGGACUGACGCGUCGCUCAAUUUCCGAUAGCGCGUCGCGGGCUUCUCCCUGGUGCGAAUGUACCACGGGAGGGCUUCAAAUGUUCGAGUCCCAGUACGGCAUGAGUCUCUUUGACCUUUUCCGGGGCUUUUUCGGCUUUUCUAGACCUCGGAGUGCUGAAGUCUUGGUGGUUUACCUGCCUCCACCUUCAGCUACAGAGAUCCCUUUUUUGGAGGGAUGACUCGAGAUGAAGAUGACGAUGAUGAGGAAGAGGAAGAAGAAGGAGCUGCGUGGAGCCAUGGGAAUCGGAGGUUUGAUAGUCCCCAGCCCCCAGAGCAAUUUGGCUUUGGCUUCAGCUUCAGCCCAGGAGGAGGGAUGCGUUUCCAGGAUCACUUUGGCUUUGAUGACCUUGUACGGGACUUCAACAGCAUUUUCAGUGAGAUGGGAGCCUGGACCUUGCCUUCUCACCCUCCUGAACUUCCAGGUCCUGAGUCAGAGACACCUGGUGAGAGACUUCGGGAGGGACAAACACUUCGGGACUCAAUGCUUAAGUACCCGGAUAGUCACCAGCCCAGGAUAUUUGGGGGAGCCUCGGAGAGUGAUCCAGAACCCGAACCCCCAAAGUCAGCACCAGGCUGGGGGUCCCAGAGACCUUUUCAGAGGUUUGAUGAUGUAUGGCCUGUGACUCCCCAUCCUAUAGCCAGAGAGGACAAUGAUCUUGAUUCGCAGGUUUCCCAGGAGGGUCUUGGCCCGGUUCUACAGCCCCAGCCCAAGUCCUACUUUAAGAGCAUCUCUGUGACCAAGAUCACUAAGCCAGAUGGGGUUGUAGAGGAGCGUCGGACCGUGGUGGACAGUGAGGGCCGGCGGGAGACCACAGUGACCCGCCAGGAAGCAGACAGCAGUCCUAGAGCUGAUCCAGAAUCACCAAGACCUCCAGCUCUGGAUGAUGCCUUUUCUAUCCUGGAUUUAUUCUUAGGACGUUGGUUCCGGCCCCGGUAACCUUGUUAAACUACAGAGCCUAGAGGUCCUUUCCACGUCCCACUUCUUGCUUGCCCUCAACAGACUUAGUGUCUUCUGCCACCUCUGGGCUUCUGGAGUGUGGAGCAGGGAAGAGGGACUUCAUCAGUCUGUCAUUCACCUGGACUGACCAAUAAAAUAUUUA